UUCGUAAAUCAUGUGACCUUCCAUCAGCUGAUCGAGUUUAUUUACAGUACCCAUUGCACUGACAUCUGGCACAGUCAAAUAGUGAUUUAAAACACUGUUUUAUGGUGUUCCAUUGCCCUCCACUGAGACAAAAACACACAUAAAAGCACAGAGAAACAAACAAGACUGUAACGUUGACAUCGUAACGUUUAAGUUCAGUGUUAUUCACGUAUACACCGUGUGUGUGUGUCCGUAUUUGCUGCUGUUGUGUUUUUGUUCUCAUAUUACCGAAACUAUAUGGAUUCUGACAGACAACAUUGUGACACCAGCAAUGAAUACGUUCACCUGCAAAAUCCCCACCUGAAGUCUAUGACGUCGGACUUCCUCUAUCACUUCAACCUGGGCACAGCCACGCACGACCUUCCUGCCAUGUUUGGGGAUGUCAAGUUUGUAGUUGUUGGAGGCAGUGCAACUCGUAUGGGGAAGUUUGCUCGGUACAUCCACCAGGAGUUAGGCCUGCCUGAGUCUGAGGAGCCCCAGGACCUGGCCGAUACUGACCGCUAUGGCAUGUUUAAGGCUGGACCUGUGCUGUCUGUUAGUCAUGGUAUGGGGAUGCCGUCCAUGUCCAUCAUGCUGAAUGAGUUACUGAAGCUACUGUACCAUGCCAGGUGCAGUAAUGUCGUCAUGUUUAGGAUGGGCACUUCAGGGGGGCUAGGCCUUGAGCCAGGCACAGUUGUAAUCAGUAAGGCAGCUGUGGAUUCCUGUUUCAGACCGAGGUAUACACAGAUUGUACUAGGCCAGGAGAUUUCCCGACCCGCGGAACUAGACCAGGGUCUGGUGGAUGAGCUGUUACACGUGGCUGCCCAGGAGGAGGGGCUGACGGCAGUGGCAGGGAACACCAUGUGUGCCAAUGGCUUCUACGAAGAACAGGGACGGCUUGACGGAGCGUUCUGUGACUACACAGAACAGGACAAACUACAGUACCUACAGAAGGGCAGGGAUGCUGGGGUCAGGAACAUUGAGAUGGAGUCACUCUGCUUUGCCGCUUUGUGUAGAAAUGCAGGAGUAAAAGCUGGUGUGGUGUGUGUGACCCUUGUGGAUCGUCUCCGUGGAGACCAGGUCACCACCCCUCAUGACACGCUGAAGGAAUGGGAGCUCCGACCACAGAAACUAUUGGCUAAGUUCAUAAGAAGUCGGCUGGGCAUGAAAUAGGUAGUUUGAAAUGAAACAAAUAGAAGAAUUCUGCUUCUUUUCAAGGGCUACUUAUGCUGUUAGGAUUAAAACAGACUUUUUUUAAUGCAGUAAGCUGGAGAUUUUAGAUGUUACAUAAAAGAUUUCUCUGUAUUAGUUAAGCCAUGACGCUAGAGGUACGUAAUUCUUAAAUCGAGCUUCCAAAGUAAUAUCAAAUGUUAAAUUUUGUUUUAAAGACCAUAGCAAGUUGAGAUAGUAGCGACUGUACGUAAUGUUAGACAAGACUACUUUGUGAUUUUAUGGCUCACCUAUUGUGGUUGUUCACACCAACCACUCCAAAUCAAUCACAGAUUUCAGAGAACAGUGUCUGAAUCAAGUGGUAUAGAAAUAUUGGUGCAUGUGUAUAGCUAUUAGCUAAUUUCAAUUUUUCCAUUAGAAGUUGGUAAGCACAUUCUAGGCAAGAGCAAACUUUUUUUCUGGUCCGGUUUGAUAUGAACUGAUCCUGACAGUCCAUCACAAUUCAAGCAACGAAACUAGCAGUUAAACCAAUGGGAGAGCAACUGCAUGUUUGUCAUAUGUUUUUAUUUUACAUUUCUAGAUUUUGACAGAGGUGGCGGGGCAAUUGGAUCAGUCUAUUGUUAAACAGGGCCAAAUGGUUGGGAAUUUUUGUCCUUCACACAACUCCUAUAUAUAUAUAUAUAUAUAUAUAUAGUCUGAAAUCAUGUGGCAGGGCAGUAUGAAAAGCUACAAACUCAAGUCCCCAGUAUUGAUGAGUGACUACCAAAUAAACAUUCUCAAAUGUCAAUGCAACAUUUAAAGGUUUAUUGUCCCACUAUCUAAAAAAAGGCAUCUCUUGUGAUCAAAAAAACAAGUACAAAAUGUCAGCUCUUAUACCUUGUCAUGCUUUUAUCAAUAAACAAAGAUGUAAAGGUAUGAAAUAAAAUUUACAAUAUGCUUUCUUUAAGUCUUUGCAUUUGCUUUCAUCUUUUCUUCUUAAGAUCUUCAGUCUACGUCUUGUGCUACUCGUGUGACAGCUUAGGUUUCCGCUAACGCUAACAGUACUUUACUCCUGAGUCAGUUUACUUGUGCACCUAGAACAGUGCUGCUACAAACAGGACCUAACCAUCAUACAUUCAAGCAGCCUUGUUGCUAUUGGUCCACACAACAAUCCUUCCAUCCUGCGAUGUGUUAUAAUAAUAAACUCACAAGGGCUGCACUUUUUUUUUCUUUCAAGCAAAACACUAGUAUAAUCUUGGUAGAAAAGGUAUCUUCUCAUCUUUUUUUUUCCACGUUUCUCUUAAAAUGUGCACUUCAACACCUUACUUUGCAAGUACAACACAUAUGGUCUUAUAAGAUUAUGUUGGAUAUCAAUAAAUUAGCUUACAUUCAUCAACGGAACAAGGAAAUCAUUUUGCACAAUUGAGACCCUACAGCAAAGCACACGGCAUGCCUUAAUUAGUUUAUAACGGACUUCAGCCCUAUGGAAAACGUAAUACUUAGUGGUGCUUGAGGAAGCAAUAUUCGGUCUUCCUUGUCCCAGAGAAUUCUACGAAAGCAUUUUACAGCUUGGCUCAAUUUA